UUGUUGGAGUUGCGCACAGGACUUUAAUGAAACGACGAAGGCGCGGAUGUUUGCUGGUUUCUGGCACAAAAAUAACUUUUUAAAUUCCACCGAGUCUUUCAGGACGCAUGAUGAUAAUAACACAGCCUCCUUUCGGACUUUACGCACUCCGCCGCAAACAACUUAUGGGAGCAUCCAAACAAACAGAACAUCCAUAAAGGAGAAACUGAGAAUCUUUUCUCAUUUUUGGAUGAAAUUGAAGAUGAAAAGAAAGUAAUUCUGAACUGAGCAUCAUUGCAUUCGACCUCCCAAGAAUCCCCCUAUGGAAAAGCGUUAAAAAUGCUGAAAGGAUUGAAGCAAACAAGCAAGUUUUCAUUCAUUUAAUGUGAAACAUUUCUGUAUAGAAUUAAAUAUUGUUCAUUUUUGCUCUGUCCAGUUCAGCUUGAUUGGAAACAAAUACCUCGGACGAAGCAUGGCAGGUAUCCCAGAAAAUAUGCGUUCGAUUUUUCUAUGGAUGCUGGAUGACUUCCUCUGUUAAUACUAAGAAAUCUGGAGAUGCAUUCAUUUUUAGAGGGGAAUUCCUGCUUUAUGAUACGGAGAAACAUGUUGCACAUCCUGCUGCUGCAGUCGUUGGUGUUACUUUGGGGAGCGGCAGACUGUCGGGUCCUGGAGGGUUUACAGAGAUACUCCUCUUCCCCAACAUACCUGCCUGUCAACUAUCAGCUGUUAAAUGCUGAUUUGGGGUUUUUCCUUAAGGAAGCCAACCAGGACUUCAUGAGAAACUCUAGCCUGACUUCAAGGACUGAGGCUUUCUUCAUCUACCAGGCCAGAAACUUGCCCUCUGUGAAUGCCAGCUAUGGACCUCUAUCGGUGGUGCAGCCUGUUCCUUUAGAGCUUCUGCAGAGUCCUCGGACCUUCCCCGCCUCUUCAGUCUUCACUUUUAACUGGAAGGUGCAAACCUUUAUCAUGAACACACAGAUUGACUUAGCCAAGCCUAAAGUACAGGUUCUGUUUUACAUAGCAGGCAGGGACUGGGAUGACUACAGCACCAAUGAUAAGCUGCCCUGUGUACACAUGUUUGCUUUUCAUGAGACUCAGGAGGUUCGUGGCACCUGUCAGCUCAAAGGGGAGUUGGGACUGUGUGUGGCUGAGUUGGAGCCACUGGCCAGUUGGUUUAGCUCCCCCAGCGUAGUGCCAGGACGGCAGAGGAAUGCUGAGGUGUCUGAGGGCACCCCGGUGGAGCUCUACUAUUUACUGCGAACCACGGAAGCAGGAGAAUGCCGCUCAGAGGAGUCUAGAAAGGAGAGCUUCAUCCGCUCCAAUCAAGAAGAGCUGUUUGGUAUCUAUACCUCCACGCCACUGAAGAGGAUUGGUGGAGUGAGACUCUUCAAGAACCCCACAGAGCCCCCUUUAAGUGAGCAAUGGCUGGAUAACAACUUUCUGGUCAUGGUUCCAGCCACACCUAGGAGACAGAGGGAGACUGUGUCCACCUUCAUCAGUGUAUCUCCCUACUCCACCGUGGAGAUGUUCACUCUUAGGGUCAAAUUAAAAGAAGGAGUGACGUUCCUUGGAGCACGUCCCUGCAACCCCACUCAGUGGAUUGUCAGCCAGGACUUGAGGAGCGAAGGCCAUCGAGUGGUAACCCUCCACUGUCGCAGAAAGGAGUCAACCUACGAUCAGCAAAGAUCUGAGAUGGGAGCUCAGAGGGUGCUCCAGGUUGAUCUGAAAAUGGAGAGCUUCCCAGAGCCGACAGGCAGCCGUUGGAUGGCCUGGCAAGUGGAGUACCCGGCCAUUCGUGCCACCACACAAGAGGUCGAGACAGAGAUCCUCCUGGCACAGGAGGAACUGGCAGGCAUUGUGCCUCUGGCCAUGGACACUGAGAUUCUGAACACGGCUGUCCUGACUGGAAAGACGGUCGCUGUCCCAGUAAAGGUAGUGACCAUUGCAACAGACGCCUCUGUCACUGAUGUCUCUGAAGCAGUGAAAUGUCGCUCGACAGACGAGGACGUGGUCAAGGUGUCUGACAGGUGUGACUAUGUUUUUGUGAACGGCAAGGAGAUGAAGGGCAAGAUGAAGAUGAUGGUGAAUUUCACUUACGGAUACCUCAGCGCUCAGCUGGAGCUCUGUGUGUGGAUCCCUCGUCUCCCCCUCCAGAUUGAGGUGUCAGAUACGGAGCUGAGCCAGAUCAAAGGGUGGAAGGUGUCCAUCGCAGGCACAGGUCAAAGGUCCUCGUGGGACAGCGACGAUGAGGAUGAUGAGGACAGGCGUGGACGGAGCUGCACUCUGCAGUACCAACAUGCAAUGGUCAAAGUCCUGACCCAUUUCAUUGCAGAGUCAGCUGAACAACGAGGUCAGACCGCCUUCAUGCUUGGCACUGACUGGCAGGUGGACAUCACAGAGCUUGUAGGGGACUUCCUAAAGGUAGAAGACACCCAGAUUGCAAAGCUGCUUGACAGGAGGAUCCUGGUUGGACAAGACACAGGAAUGACUACUAUCCAGGUUUUGUCCCCACUGUCAGACUCCAUCCUGGCUGAGAAAACAGUAACAGUGGUGGAUGACAAAGUGACCAUCACAGAGCUUGGCGUGCAGCUGGUGACGGGACUGACUAUGGGGCUGCAGUUAAGUCCAGGGAGCAACAGGGCCAUUGUUGCCAGCACCAGCACACAAGACAUUCUGCAGAACCCCAAACAGGAGGCCUUGAUCAGCGCCUGGCUCCAGUUUAGCGACGGUUCUCAGGCACCACUGGAUCUCUACGAUCCUGACUUCUUUGUGCUGACAGCCACGUCCCUAGAUAAGGAAGUGGUCACUGUGCAGCAGGACCCCUCGUGGAAAUGGCCUGUCAUUGUGACAGAGGCUGAGGGUCAAGGUUUGCUCAUCAGGGUGGAAAUGACUGUCAGCGAAGUUUGCCAGAAGUUCAAGCGCCGCAGCAUCCUGGCUGCAGGAAACUAUAAUGUCAUGGUUAAAUUUGGUCCCGGUGACAGCUCAAGGGGUGGGAGCAACGACUAUGGCCCAGAUGGAGACGACAUGGAGAACAGAGGCAGGCUCUCAUCACAGGACAGGACUGGCCUUGAUUCCCACUACUAUGGCAGCUCCAUCUCUGACAUUGAGGAUGGAGUGUCAGGGAGAGCUACCACGACUAGAAGUGCUAUAAUCCGCAGACCUAAACUUUCAGGAGGUGGUCAAAACAUGCCAAUUGACUUUGCAGACUUUCCUGCACAAGUAGAUCUGCCUCACGGCCGUAAUACCGAUGAUGACCUCAUGCACAGCAGUCGAGGACUCACAGACCUGGAGAUUGGCAUGUAUGCCUUGCUUGGCGUCUUCUGCCUUGCCAUCCUAGUCUUUCUCAUUAAUUGCGUGUCAUACACUCUCAAAUAUCGCCACAAGGAGCUCUCCAUUGAGGGCCAGGAGAACUUGAACCAUGCCCACGACUGGGUGUGGCUCGGGAACGAGGCGGAGCUGCUGGACAGCCAGAUCAGCCUGUCACCUCAGCAGGAGGAGCAAACCUCCAUGAUAGACUCGAGCAGUGGCCUGGAGGAGGGUAGCCACCUGCUGAAUGGUGGCUCCAUGCAGAAGAACGUGCAAGGACAGGUCCACCGGGCCGCCGACACAGCAAAGGACGGCAAAGGAGACUCCCCCACCACAAAGAGGAAAAGAGUCAAGUUCACCACGUUUACCACUCUUUGUUCAGACGAUAGCCGCCCAGCUGUUAAUACACUUACAGGAAGUCACAGCCAGGACAUCAAGUGGGUGUGCCAGGACGUUCAGCUGGGAGACUCAAAGGAAUUGCGUAAUUACAUGGAAAGGUUAAAUGACAGUGCUCUAAAAGAGGUGGCAUAAUCUACUGUGUGCGCCUGUUGUGAACUCACCUUUUUGCCUUUCAGAGAAAAUUGGGUCUAAACAGACCCGUGUCUGGGGAAGGAGGAAGAAGUUAAACCACAGAAUCACCUCAAACUGCCAAAGGGUCAUCAAAUAUAGGAGGACGGCCGUGGAUCCACACAUUAAAGAAACAAAAACAAACAGAAGGUGAUCAGGUGGAUUUAGUCUUUCAGAUGAUAAUCUUUUUUGUUGUUGUUGUUUGUUAAUCCAGGGAUUAGAAUCCGAUAACCCAGGAUGGAUGUGACAUUUCAGAGACAGAUUUUUAAAACAAACGCUACCCAAGAAACAUAGAUGUUCGGAACUUGUGUGUACAUCAAAAUCAUUUGAAAAGUUUCGUAAUACUAUGGAUACUUAUUUCAUAAAACAUAUCCCAGAUUAUUGGAGGAGUCUCUGGACGAAAGCAAGCUGAGACGAGCUUCUGCAUGUUGCUGGUAACAAAAAAAAAGGCACAAAUUCCCAAUUUUUUCUUAUCCUCCUCGGUAAGGAAGAAAUCUUAUGUACAAACUGUACAUUCUCUAAAUCAUUGUAUUGUUGCUCUGUAUAUCGUAUUUUCAUAACAAUUAAGGAAUACACAAUAAUGUCAAA